CGAAACUAACGGUCGUUCACUCGUCAAAAACGAGUAAAAUGUACCAUUGGACGAGUGAGAAUUACGAUUACUCUUACCUUUGGACGAGUAGGCAGUUUCUUGUUUUUAUCUGCUUUGUAUUUUACGAAUUUUAAGUCAAUAAAAACAUCCAUUAAAUGUGUGCUUUGUCUUUAUUUACGAACGUGCAAAGGGGCAUGCCGUGACGCCAUUUUGAAAAUGGAGAGGAACUGGUUCGAGCAAAGACUUCCUAGCAUGCGCAGUAGAUAGCAGCAUGGCGGGAAAUUGAUUCGCAUCAUGGCCGCUCGCCGUUGUUUUUCUUUGCUUGGCUAUUUCAGAGGAACAGAGCAAAAUACAAAGCAAAGUACAAGCAAAGAUAAAGAAGCUUCAACAACAACAGACUGUGAAGAUUCUGAGCCAAAAGCUAAAAAAGCCAAAAAGGAAAGGGCUUUUAAGGAAGCAUGGAGAAAGGAAUUUGCGUGGUUGAUGUACGAUGAUGAGUCAGGGAAAAUGUUCUGCCAAUAUUGCCUACAUUUUCCAAACAGCAAAAACAAGCAGUCUUCGUUUUGUUGCGGGAGUCAAAAUUUUCAGCUGGACGGGCUAAGAUCUCAUGAAAGAUCUGCUGGACAUGUAUUGAGUGUGGAUGCUAAAGUUGCUAAAACCAAAGGUGCAAGAAAAGGGACAAUCGAUGCUGAAUUGCUAAGACUAGAGAAAGAUACUGUUGCAAAGAUGGAAAAGCUGUUUAAUACAGCCUACUACGUAUGCUAUCUCAAGAUGCCUUUUUCCAGUUUUCCUCAUUUGUGUUCUCUUCAAACUAAAAAUGGACUUGUGUUAGGACAAACAUAUAGAAAUGAUCAUGGAUGUAAAGAAUUUUGUAAGCAUAUAUCCCAGGUCAUGAAAGAAGAACAAGCAGCUAUUAUUAAGAAUGCACGAUUUCUGUCUGUAUUGGCGGAUGGAAGCACAGAUUUUAGUGUGACUGAGGAGGAAAUUGUUUAUGUGAGAUGUGCUUUGCCAUCAGCAGAAACCAUAACAUUUUAUGUGGGACUGAAAGAGGUUCCUAGUGCAAAAGCACCUGGAAUUCUUCAUGCCAUUGAAACAGUGAUGGACGAAAAAGAUGAGCACUGGAAAGAAAAGCUUAUUUCUACCGGUACAGAUGGUGCUUCAGUCAUGAUAGGUAGACUAGGUGGUGUUGUGGCAAUGUUGCAAGCCCAAGUUCCACAUGUAAUUGGAAUCCACUGUGUUGCUCAUAAAUUGGAACUAGCUUUUGCUGACACAGUCAAGUCAUGUGAGGUCAUGAAACAGGUGAAAGAAGUGCUUACUGGCUGUUGGAAACACUACAGGUACUCUGCCAAGGCAGUAAGAGAACUGAAGGAGCUUGCAGAUGCUAUGGAGGUCAAUGUGGGAAAACCUACAAAGGCUGAUGGGACCAGAUGGGUACCACACUUUUUACGAGCAAUUGAAGUGUUAGUUGGGAAAAACUACAAGGUGAUAGUUGCACACUUUGCUCAUACAGCAGAAGCAAAUGAUUCAUCUGCUGAGAUGCAAGGAAGAGCGAAAAAUGUCUACAAAAAACUGACUAGCUACAGAUUUUUACAGUACUUGCAUUUGUUGUGGGAUAUUGCUUUUGAAAUAUCCAAAGUCUCCCUUGUCUUCCAGAGAAAUGAAGUUGCAGUAUCAGAUGUGAAACAUGAACUAGACAGGGUUGACCUUGCCCUGCAUAACAUGGCCAGACGUGGAGGUAGGCAUUUGCAGUCAUUCCAAGAAAAAGUUGGUGAUGGAGAAGUAUUUCAGGAUGUGAAUCUCAAGAGAGCAGAGAAUGAUACAGAAACAUUUGCUAGAAACAGGGAAAAUAUUCUCAGUGAUUCAAGGAGAUUUGUGCAGCAAAGGUUUGAGAGUUUCUGCUCUCCUGUUCUGAAAGCAGCAGCUGUGAUUACAGAUCACAAUUCAUGGCCAAGAACAAGGGAUCAGCUAGGAAUGUAUGGUGAGGAGGAUGUUGUGGUCCUGGCCAAUCACUACAGAGAUGUGCUGAACAGAAAUGACUUUGAUAUUGAUGAGGCAAAAGACGAAUGGCUAUCCUUGAAACUACAUGCCUUGAAUACCAGGGCCAUGGAAACCCUGACAAAGCAAGUCUUCUGGAACCAAAUAUACAAAGUAAACCAUGCACAGUUCUCACAUGUGCUUAUGCUCGUGGAGAUAAGCUUUACCAUGGCUGUUUCAACCUCUUGUUGUGAAAGGGGUUUUUCUUGUAUGUCAAGACUUAAGACUGAAUACAGAAAUUCCCUUGACGUGUCCACAGUCGACCACUUAAUGAACAUUUGUCUGAAUGGUCCCAGUCCAGAAGAAUUUGUUGCUGAGAAAGCCAUUAUUCACUGGGUGCAAGAAUCACAGAGGGCUCGCCGACCUAACUUCUUGGAUUAAAGUUUAAGGGACAGUGACAGAUGAAAACACCUCAC